AUGCGGAAAGAAAAAAAGAAGAAAAAAAAAAAAGUUGGUUUUGAAAAUUUCUUCCACUAGCUGAGUGCCCAAAACAUCAACUUGUUUUGCCUUCUCUCUCCCUCAACCUCUCUCUUUCUCUGAACCGUACACCGCUCUCUAGUCUUCGCCUGAGGUUAUCAGGAGAUGGUCAUCUCUUUAUACCAGGGUACCAUUUGAGGAGUAGUCUACGAAAAAUUGGGUAUUGUAAGAGGUCUUACUUGGCCAGGUUGACAUCUAUUGAUUGCUGACAUGGAGGAUGAGAAUGGCCUUGAGCUUAGCCUUGGUUUAGGUUGUGGAGGAUCAUCUGCGAAAUCCAAAGGUAAAAAUGGCUCUUCAGAUACUAGGACAGAGGAAGGUGAUAGAGGCAACAAAUUGGUAGAUGAUUUCAAAAACUUUCUUCAUGCUAGUACCCAGAAGCAGGAUUCAAGUGCUGGGUCUCAAAUAAGUGAUUCUGUGAAACCUCAGGAGAACUUCUUUAAUGACCUGUCCAAGGGCAAUGCUGAUGCAAAUGCUUCAAUAAACUUGAACAAUAGGGGGCUUUGGGUUUCGAGCGGCAAAAGACCUGCUGAAAUUGAAGAAGAAAAAAGACCAGAGGCAGUUAACAAACGUAAAAUGUUAUUUGAUGAGAUAAAUAAUCAGAAGAAGCAUGAGAGAGAUGCUUAUCAUUCUGAUGUACAUGACAAGAAAGCGUCACAUAUUUCCAUAACAACAGAAGAUGGCUCUACUGCUGAAAAUGAAGAUGUGGCAGAGUCUGAAGUAGAGGGUUCAAUUUCACGGUUGGUCUCUCAUCAUGAUGAUGGCCCUAAGCGUUUUAUUGGAGCUGGUGGUCCUGAGGUUCCAAAGGAGGUUCAUGGGUUUUCUGAUUCCAGUGUUGUAGACUUGCAAGGGCAAAAGAGGCCUAAUGGUUCAUCAGAAUCUGAAAUUAAGCAUGGAAACUUGAAUUAUGGAGUUCCAUUCUCUGUCCGACCAGUAAACAUCAUGAAUUUACCAUACUCAUUUCCUGUAAAAGAAUCUAACACUAUUGGUGUGCCCAGCUCUUCAGGCCAUCCUCUGCCAGGAAUGAUGCAGGUUACUUCAAAUGGUGAGCAGCGAACAGGGACUCAGUCUGUGAAUCCUGGAAAUUUGCCUGUAAUGUUUGGCUAUUCACCUGUCCAGCUUCCAACACUGGAUAAGGAUAACUCAUGGGGCUUGGUCUCUCAUCUUCAACAGCUCCAUCCUUCCUGUGCUGGCAGAGGACCAUCAAAUUCAGAUAAGCAAAAUGAUGUGUUGAAGAUUGCUCCAGCCAUGCAAGGAAUUUCACGGAAUUCAUCUGAAGCUACACUGUAUGAAGGGAGGACAUUAGAACGGGUCAAAGGUGAUGGCAAACAGCACAUUACAGAAGAAGGCUUCACUUCUCAGACUGAAGAUGAUGUAAAAGGAAGCAGCAUGAACCUUGGGGCAAAAGAUGCGCCUGGGCCAUCAACAGCAGAAGGUUUCUCCUAUGAUUUUUCUGCCAUAAAGCCCGGUAUUGCAUCAGACAUAAAAUUUGGUGGAUGUGGUUCCUAUCCAAAUUUACCAUGGGUUUCAACCACAGGUUCUGGCCCUCAUGGCAGAACAAUUUCUGGUGUCACUUACAGAUACAGUGCAAACCAAAUCAGAAUUGUUUGUGCUUGCCAUGGUUCCCAUAUGCUUCCCGAGGAAUUUGUUAGGCACGCAAGUGAAGAGAAUGUCAAUCCAGAUAAUGGCACUGGGGUAGCCUCAUUUCCAAGUGCCAAUCCUGCUGCCUCUGCUCAGAGCUGAAGGUUAUCAUCUUUUUUCCAGCAGGAGCAAUCGAAUUCAGCAUAUGUUCAAGCAAAACCAGGUUAUGACCUAUAUCAUAUAUAAGACGCCUCCUUAGUUUUUGUUGUUCUCUUUGUUUUUUUAUUUGCUUUUACCAACUUAGUUGCUGCAUUCAAAUGUUGCAGAUAUAUGUAAUAAUGUUGUAGUAUCCAUAAAUUUGUUUCAUAUUAAUGUCAAAGCAGUUCAAUCUCAAA